AUCUAUCUAUCUUUUGUUAAAUUAAUCUCUAUUUUGCAAUUGUUUUCAUCUUCUCCAUCGGAGAACUGCGAGUUGCGGCUGUCCCGCUCCAAACCCUCGUGCGGCUCCGGCGAAGGCCACCGAUUGGUUCGAGAAUGAAAGAGACAAUCCGUACUGAUCGUGGUAGUAGCAGCCGAUCUCAAAAAGAGGAAGAGACGAAGGAUGAAAAUAGAUUUUUUGCUACUAAGAAAACUGCUCAGCAGCAGACGGUACCUGCGCUUCGAUCUUGUAAGCGCCGCCGCCAUCUAGAUCAGUGUUCAUCGAAGCCUUUGUUGUAUCAACACAGGCAAAUAUUGAGCCGCCUCCUUGAUUGCCUCACCAACGCGCACCAAUGGAAGGAAGCUAGCGGAGUCCUUAGCCUUCUGCUGAAGGCGACUCCUGAGGGAAGCUCCUUGUUGGAGGAUCGGCGAAAUUUCCUAGUUGCAAUGGAGAUUCAAAGGCGUUUUUAUGGAGCAGAGAGCCAUUAUCAGACUAAGAUCAAGAAGAUAUAUGAUAUUUGGAUGAGUAAACUCCAGUGGAUGAAAGAGCACCCUAAGAAGAGGAACUCUGUGCUGUUCGAAUUGGCUGUUUUUUCUAUUUCACAGGGGAACUUUGAGGAGGCAUUAUGUAACACAAAAAUUAUUUUACAAGAUCCUGAGUUUACGAAAGAACCAACUGUUAACCUGUUUCAUGGGUUAAUACUAUAUGAGAUGUGGUAUUCUGGUCUGCCGGAAGACAUGAAAAUAAAAGGUUGUGAUGUUCAUAUACCAUCACAGAUUUCUGACACAACCAUCGCUAACAGUAAUGAAGAACCUGAUGCUUUUGUCAGUUCAAAUGAACAUAAUGCCAUCAAUGUUGAAGAUGGAAACUGUUCUUCUAUAGUGGCAUCUGAAAGUUCAAUUUGUGUUGAAAAGAAUAUACUUGAUUUUAAAGAGACAGCAAAACAAAAAAAUAGUGGUGCCCUUCAUGCCACUGAACUCUCAAGCAGAUCUGAUUUGAACGAUGUCUCACUUUCAAACCCUCAGCACAACUACUCAUCAUGUUCCAUUUUUCUUUCACAUGGAUUGGAAAAAAGUUUGCUCCCUUUGCAAUUUGAUCACUUGAAAGAAGACCUAGAGCGUGUCAUACACUCAUAUCGAGGCUUGGCCAACGAACAAUACAAUGAUGCAGUGAAGCAUUUGAGGCUUGCUCUUCACUCUACACCACCAUGUUCGGCUGCCUUGUUGCCCCUUGUGCAGCUACAUCUGCUUGGUGAUCGUGUUGAAGAAGCACUAAAAGAGCUGGACAGCUGCUGCCAGAAUUCUAAUGUUUCAGAGCCUUUCAGAUUGAAGGCUAGAAUUCUGGAGUGUUUUCAAAGCAAUCAAGUGGCUACUAUUUGUACCUGCUAUGAGGCUGUACUGAGAAGGGAUUCAACGUGUAACCAGUCACUUCAAAGGCUAAUCAAAAUGCACAGAAUUGGCAACUAUGGCACUAUACCUCUCUUCGAUAUGAUAGUUCUGAAUUUAGAUUCUACUGAUGGGGAUUCUAGCACAUGGGAAGAGUUCGCCGUGUGCUUCCUUAAGAUACUGACAUCUUCAGCGAGGGAUUUUGAAGAUCACAUAUCGAUAACUGGAAAGCGAGUUUCAACAGCCCUCGUGUCUGAUAAAAUUCCCCGUGUUUAUACUGAUGAGGGUCAUUGGGAGACUCGCUGUAGAUGGUGGCGAACGCGCCAUUUCAGCAAGAAUGCAGUUUUAAAAGAUAUUCAGCAGGGUGACAAGAAACUCUUGGCUUCGAAAGCGGCAUGUGCCUCCCAUAUGUACGGUCCACAUUUCGAUUACAUCGAAGCAGUUUACCCUAGUCUCAGCAACACCGAGGAUGCUUCUUUGCUCUCAUUUCUACAACCUCAUUUGAAGAACUCAACUAGUGUUAGCUAAAAUACUUGCACAAGGGGCAACAAGAUAGCUGAACAUGGUGGUCUAGAGUGAAGAGCAAACCUCAAAUGCUUCACUCCAUCAUUGUAUUGUUCGUUGAAGCCUCUAUAUGAGUGUAUGACACGCUCUAGUCUUCUUUCAAGUGAUCAAUUUGCAAAGGGAGUAAACUUUUUUCCAAUCCUUUCAUGGUAAUUAGUAUUACAGUCAAUCAUUGCACAAUUUGUUUUGAAGCACUAUCAUUUAUAUCCAUCUAGUUUCUUAGAGAUAAUUGAUGGUAAUCAAAAUUGUCCAUUUAAAAAUUCAUGUUUGAUUUCCCAUC